AUGGAAGAAUUAGAUUCAGGUGGUCUAUUUGAUAAAACAUAUUUUCUCUUUCUGAGGACAGAAGUCCCCGUCGACCAUACCAAAGGUCACAUUAACAAAUGGCACUUCCGAUCAACCUCCACCAACAUCAUUCGAAUAUGGUCACAAUGGCUUGUCCACAAAACCGCCCACCCCUUCCCCGUCUCAACUCCACGCACCCUCAACGUUCACAUCGACACCCCCCACCGAAACUUCAUCGACUUCCUCCCCCAAUUCGAUGUUCUUGUCAUCUCCUCAGGCCACUGGUUCAGCACUGAAUCAACCUACCGCCUCAACAACACAAUCGUCGGCGGCCAACUCAGCCCCACCAAGAAAUCCUUCAAGGAUGUCAUCGAGUUUUAUGGCGUAGCAGUACAAACAGCCCUAAAUGCGAUUCUUGAAGCUUCAAAUUACACGGGGUUGACAGUAUUACGCUCUUAUUCACCCGAGCAUUAUCAACGUGGAGAAUGGAAUACCGGUGGAAAGUGUACUGGAAUUGAUAAGCCUGCGAGAGAAUCAGUGAGGAGUAGAAAUACAAACUCUAUGCAGAAAAUGCAGGUUGUCGAGUUUGAGAAGGCAGCGAGAAGGCGGACGAGUGGGUCAAAGUUGAAAUUUAUGGACGUUACGGAGAUGUCUGGUUAUCGAAAUGACGGCCAUCCUGGGAGGUAUAAUAGAAAUGUGAGCAAGGAAAAUGCACCAGAGGAUUGUUUGCAUUGGUGCACGCCAGGGGUUGUGGAUACUUGGAAUGAGGUUUUGUUUGAGAUUUUGAAGAGAGAAUUCUGA